AUGGCGGAUAAUAGCACAGAAGAGGAGCAAACCGUCUGGUGGCUCCGAUGGUUAACCAGAGGAGUUGGCACAUUAGGCGCCAUCUCUGCUGGAAUCGGCGGCGUUUUCAUGAUUUUAACCGGUUUCCUUCACAUAACUUCGAUCGUGGCUGGCUGUGUGAUGCUGCUCCUCGCCUUCAUCAUGUGUGUUCUGGAAGCGACGAUAAUCUGCAGCGGUGUGUCAUUCGCCCAGCCUCUAAUUCAAAGAAUCGACAGCAUCAAAAACUGGCACAGGGGCGCUACUUAUUGUGGAUUGUCGGUGAUCGCGAUCGGUCUGGGCUGGAACUCGAUUCUGACGGCGGUGGGUUCGCUGGCGAUCCCGUUCGCGUGCGGCACUCUCUACGGAAUGAUGGCGCUUGGGAAGAAAGGCGACCGCGAGGCGAUGAUGAACGCCGCUUCUGGCAACAACUACACUCAAUUCGACAACGAACCCUGA